AUGACUGAACAAGGUCUUGCAAGUGAAAACCUACGCAAGUUAAUUUCAGGUGAUUACUCAGGUGCAAAGAUUGGUGACACCGGUAAAGUAGCAGACGCACUUCUACACAGUGUAUACGGCUCCAAGCUGAGGAAACCAAUUGACAAGAUAAUUGCAGAUCAUGGGCUCUAUGUACCGUUCUUUAUGAAUAACAACCCUAUGUACAUCCUUACCCUUCCACAAGCAGAUGAGAUUAUGACUGCACAGGGAGGUGAACGGGUAGAUGGAUACAAACUCGACAAUCUUGAGUUAGAAUACGAGAGCGUUGAGAAUGACACCCUUGCAAGUGAGGUCUCAAGUAUGUAUUCAACGGGUCGGUCACUGUCCUACAAACACGUCACACUAAUGCGUACAAGUAACUGGAACAAGGAUCUCACCAUUGUCAAUGAGAAUAUCAAUAUCUCCAGAAAGAGCAUGUCAGCAAUUGUCCUCCUAUUCACCAAUAGAGUGAGAACUGAUUCUGAAGAGUACAUUUACCCAAAUAUUGAUAAAGUCAACGUAACCAUUAAGGGUGUGCCAAAUGCUGUCUUCUCCCAAGGGCUUCCCAGGAGCAGGUUCUUUGAAGAGGCAAAACGAUUCUUCUGCCCUAUGUGUUAG